UGAUUGGUGAACAACUCGUCUCUAAGCAACCGGGAAACACUGUGAAGGUAAGGAUGGCAGCUGUACGCAAGAUGGAAGCAGAGAAGUAUUUGCAGGAGAAUCGAAUCCCAGAGCUGGUAAACAACUUGACUAGUCUUCUACUUUAUCAUCGCCCUGAAAGGCCCAGAGAAUUCCUGAUAAAACAACUAGAAAAUCUGAAAUAUGCCAGGCUGUCAGAUGUGGAUUAUCCUUGCCUUUUUGAUGACUCUAACUUGGAUGCCAUAUUUGGAAUUCUUGAUCCAGCAGGACAAGGAUAUAUAACCGGAACACAAUAUAUGGAAGCUUUAAAAACUCUUGGCAUUGAUAUUACAAACGUGGAAGAACCUGGUGGGAGAAUCACACUGGAGCUUUUUAAACAUAGCAUGAGGAUCCAGUUGAAAUCUGCCUGUGCUACAUUUAAAUCAUAGCAUCUUUUCCCUGCAGUUUCAGAGCAUUCACUUGCGCUUAUUAACAGAGUUGUUUGUGAUUUGUCUCACGUAUUUUGUUAAAGAAAACAUUCAGCAAAUAAACCUUCAAACCAUUUUCUGGAAAUAAAAAAGCAGACUUUUACAAUA